AAAAGCCCCUCAUAUAUCAUGAAUUAUAAGCUAGUACUAAUCCAAAGUGCAAACCAAUUUUUGUUUUCUUGUUGAAUAUUUCAUCAUGAGAACUCAUAUUUUCCCUCUCCUCACAAUAUUCCUUCUCUCCCUUUCAUCUUCUUCCUCCUCCUCCUCAAAUCUCAUCAAAGACACCUGCAAAAAGUGUUCCGACACCGACCCAAAUAUCAGGUACAACUUCUGUACAAGCUCCUUCAAUUCCUCCCCCGACAGCAACCAAACCACCGAUCUCCGGCAACUGGGUCUGGUCUCGAUAAGAUUGACAAAAAACAACGUUACUUCUACUCGGCAUUUCAUCAAACACCUUCUCCACGAUGGUAAAAACAAGAAGAUGAAUAAUAAUAAUAAUAAUACUAUCACCAACACUACUACUAAAUUGGAUCCUUAUGUGAAGGCUUGUUUGAACGAUUGUAUGGAGCUUUACAGUGAUGCGGUGUCGACGAUCAAAUUGGCUGUGAAAGAUUACAAGGCGAAGAGAUACGACGACGCCAAUAUUGGGUUGAGUUCAGUGAUCGAUGCUUCGACGACGUGUGAAGAUGGGUUUAAGGAAAAUGAUAAUUCAAAGAACAAAAGCAAAAACCACGUCGUUUCGCCUUUGACUAAGAGAAACGACAAUGCGUUUCAGCUUACUGCAAUUUCUCUUUCCAUUAUAAAUAUGCUUCGAAAUUAAUCAUAUUUUAAAAACAAUUUAUUUGUGUAUUUAAUUUAUUAUAUUGUUUUAUCAUUUUUAGUAUGUCUCUGUCUACAUAAAAAAUUAUAUAUUAAAAGGAAUUUAAAUUAUAAUUCAUGUAGAUUUUACCA